AUGUCCAGAAAACAAAACAAGGAUAACUUUAAUAUUAAUGAGUCUAAUAAAAGGCUAAAUCUUGAUAUUUCACUUGUCAAUCAUACAAAUUCCUCUCAAAGUCAUAAUGAAUCUAUUGAAGAACAGGAUGCUAAAUUUUUUAAUACAAGUAAUUUCCACAGUAGCUAUACAUUUGAUGAUAAAUCCAGAGUAUCUGAUUCAAGUGCUUCUCAUAGCAGCAACAUAUCUGAUAAUAAAUCUACAGUAUCUGAUUUAUCAGAUAUAACAAAUAUUGAUAUUAAUAAAUAUGCUAAAUAUAAUAAUUUAAUUUCUGGAAAACCAAAAGUUCCUGAAGAUAGAUAUCAAGAAUUUUUGUCAAAGAAAUAA